UGUAAAGGCAUAUAUAGGAUAAAGAAAAGUAAAGUUAUUUAGGCAAUAAUAGGAAGUGAUCAUGGCAAACAAGUUGUCCAUAGUUAUCCUUUGUCUUGCUUUGGUAGUGGUUCAUACCACAGCAGCAAGAGAAAUGCCAAGUGACAAUGGUCUUUCUGACCAAAAGAAUGCUUUUGUAGGCGCUGGAGGUAUUAGUGGCAUUGGAAGCAAUGGACUACCUUUUGGUGGAGUUGUUAGUGGAGUAGGUGGCAAUGUUGGUGGAUUUGGUGCUGGAAUUGGUGGUGGAGCUGGAUUUGGUGGAGGAAUUGGGGGUGGUGGACUAGGUGGAGUAGGAGGACUAGGUAGUAUUGGUGGCGAUGCUGGUGCUGGGGCUGGUGCAGGAAGUCUUCCACUUCCAUGAAGUUAUUCAUCACUUUUAUGUAACUAAUUUUUAUUCUCAUCUAUAUUAGUUAAGUUUGUUUCAUGCAUGUUUGAUUAUGGUCAAGAUUGCUAGCUAACUAGUGUGAGAAAAGAGUGAUUUUUUUUUUUUCAUUUUUUGGUUGUUGUUGUUGUUGUUUGGUUUUAUCCAUAUUGUAAUGUUACAUGAUAUUUUUCCGUGUUCAAUGAAAGUAAGUUGU